UAAAACAAAAUCGUCUUCAGCUUUCUUUAUUUAUUCCCUUGCUUUCUUCAAGGCCAAAUAGUUCAGUGAAAAAAGGUAAAGAAGAGAGACUAGGGAGCAAUCUAAUUUACACCCAAGAAGAUUCACCAAUCACCGACAAACAAACAAGAUUAAAUAAUGGUGCUCUCUGAUUUCACUGGAGUUGGUGUUGGAUUCGGGUUCGGUGUUGGCUGUGGAUUUGGCGUUGGCUGGGGUUUUGGAGGAAUGCCUAUGAACAUUUUAGGGGUUGGUGCAGGUGGCGGUUGCGGAGUUGGUUUGGGCCUCGGGUGGGGUUUCGGGACUGCUUUUGGGAGUCACUACCGAUCAUCUAGACUCACAUUUCAAGGCAUCGAGUUAGAGAACACCAAUAAUAAACGUGAGGAUAAGGCGGCCAACAUGUCCAAAACCACCACUUAAUAAAGCAGUCUCGGAUUUUAGCCCCAGAUUGGUGAUUGAUUGUAAAAGAAACAUCUUUACUUCCUUCUCAGUGUAUAUCACUUCAGAAGUUCAGAUACUCGAAUCAAUAAUAUAUUCGAAUUGACUU